GCAGUGUCUGCUGAUAACACCAUCCUUGCAACUGGAAGUUAUGACACCACUGUAAUGGUGUGGGAAGUAGUACGUGCCAGAGCCCACGACAAAAGAGUUAGAAAUGUACAAACAGAAUUAUCUCGUAAAGAUCUUGUGAUUGCUCAAACCCCAUUCCAUAUCCUCUGUGGUCAUGAUGAUAUAAUCACCUGCUUGUUUAUCAGUGUGGAGCUCGAUAUAGUCAUCAGUGGUUCAAAAGAUGGGACGUGUAUUUUCCAUACCCUUAGGGAAGGCCGAUAUGUGAGGUCUUUGCGCCAUCCAUCUGGCCAUCUGCUGUCAAAGCUUGUUGCUUCAAGGCAUGGGCAUAUUGUGUUCUAUGCCGAGGAUGAUCUCAGCCUGCAUCUCUACUCUAUCAAUGGCAAACAUCUGGCAAGUUCCGAAUCUAAUGGGCGUCUCAACUGGAUUAAACUCAGUAGGUGUGGGGAGUUCUUGGUCUGUGCUGGUGACCAUGGGCAAAUAGUUGUGCGUUCGAUGCGCAAUCUCGAUGUUGUGAAGAGAUACGUGGGAGCUGGAAAGAUGAUCACAAGCCUAGCCGUGACUCCAGAGCAAUGCUUCCUGGCUGGGACCAAAGAUGGACAUAUUCUUGUUUACUCAAUAGAGAAUCCCCAACUUCGCAGAGCUGGUGCUUCUCGGAACAAGACAAGAGGUUCUGGGCCGCUGUAGAUGGAUCAGGUUCUCUGCAUGUAACAAUCACUGCUCGGUUGUCAUGAUCAUACUCACAAGAGAAGCUGCCUUGAAGAAUUCAAAGACAGGGUUCUACUACUUGGACCACAUUUUUGCUCUGAUACAAGAGUUACACCUCAUGACUAUAUACAUACUACAUUGUAUUCAUAGAAACCACAGACUAGAGAGGUUUUGGUUUUAGGCAUUCUGGAGAUUAACUGUGAGGUGCUGGUUUUCAGCUGGGACUUGCAACGCUACAGACAAGCAGAAAUGCUGGUCGUGUUGCCUUCUUAAGAUUCAGCUGCGGCCACCAAUGAGAAGGAAAUAGACCGUGCUUGCUGCUGGUUACUUGGAUUUGUGAAUACACCUGCAUACUUGUAUUUGUAUACCUACCUAAGAGAAUGCUACCAAACAUUGUGAGAUAGCUAACAAUGACAGUAACUCUCAGGUCCAUUGUUAUCAUCUUCAGGACAUUUUGCUGUUAGGUGGGUAGAGAACAGAAACUGGACACUGUACAGAUGGGUAUUGCCUUGUAUGCCAUCUACCCAUCUAUGGGGAAUGGUGGCAAUUUGGUACCGGUUAUGGCUCUAUUGAAUUGUGUUACUUAUUUACGGUUUAGACGAAAGAUCAAGC